AGUUAGUCUAAGUUAUUCAGGGAACAUUAAAAUGAAAUAUUCCCAUAAAGUUUGCAAAAUGCUAAUAGAAUUUUCCCUUCAUCAUAUUUUAGCAUAUUAGAUUCACAGGAGAGACAAACUGUAGAUGUUUUAAAUAAACUGACUGCUUUCACAUGCGUGUCCUCAGCUGGAAAAGCCUUAAGUGCUUAAAAUCCUCCAUGUGUCAAUCUCCUGACCCCUCUAUCUGUUUCUGUGGGAGGCUUUUGAGGAUCAGAAGAUUAGUCGAGCGCUAUAAAAGCAGCCGGCAGAAACACUGGACACGAAGACAUCGCAGAAGAGAAGCGAAGAAGAACCACCAGAAGAACCAGAAAUUCCAGCACACGUAAGUGAGAGAAAUGGACGCCCCAGCACCUGUUGAGAAGAGAGGACCACCAAAGUUCAAGCAGAGGACCACUCGCACCUUCAAGAGCAAGGCUCCUAAACCUGGCCAGAAAGGCUUUGGAGAUGACAUCCCUGGGAUGGAGGGUCUCGGCACAGACAUCACUGUGGUUUGCCCAUGGGAAGCUUUUGGCGACAUGGAGCUCAGUGAUCUGGCAAAAUAUGGAAUUUUGUAGUGCAUCCACCCUUCCAACCUUCCUCCUGCUCUCUUCUGGAGAUCUCUGAUCUGCCAAGAUGAUCACACAAGGUUAUAGAAUUGUCCACGCACAGCGAGACUAAACCAGCAGAAGAUGCUCUCAGCCCAACACACAAAGAAGACGGGACGUGACUUAUACUUUUGUUUGGGGAGAAGGACGAAUGGCACAGUAACUCUCUGCUGCUCUUCACCGCAUCAUUGGAGCUCUUAGCAGGAUGGAUCGAUCUCAGAAACACAAUAUAAUUCCAGCCUCUCUCCUAUCUCUUGUGGUAAAAUAAAGAACUAUGUACAAAUCGACUUUAUUUUUUUAACUGUAAAUGUGAUUGUGUUCAUACCAGAAUCAACGCAUCAUGAUUAAUUAAAACCAUUGAUUUGGCAGUAGAACUCAAAUAAAAAUUUAUUUUCCCAUAAA